AUGGACAAAGCAUGGACUAAACUCCCAAGACAUUGGAAGAAGUAUAGAAAAGGUGUUAGGUCUUUUUUAGAUUUUGCCUAUACCAAAGGAAGACCUCAAGGACUUGAAAUUUCUUAUCCUUGUGCUCAUUGUGCGAAUGGUAAAUGGGAAAAAAGACAUGUGGUUCGCGAUCAUUUAAUAGCUGCAGGUUUUGUAGAAGGAUAUGAUGUUUGGGUAAACCAUGGAGAGGAUAUAGCAUCACCUAUGAAAAUUUACAGGGGCACAACAGAGCAAGAGAAUUCACUUGAUGAUAUUGGGGGAUUAUUGUACGACACAUUUAGAAAUGUGGUUGAAGCAGAGGAAAGUAGUGAAGCUCCCAAUGAGGAUGCGGGAAAGUUCUACAAAUUGAUUAAUGAGGCAAAACAAGAGCUAUACCCCGGAUGUGAAAGCUUCUCUACUCUAUCGUUCAUAAUUCGACUUUACUUGUUGAAGUGUCUGCAUGGAUGGAGCAAUGCGUCAUUCACUUCCCUUUUAGAAUUACUGAAAGAAGCGAUUCCAGAAUUAAACAUUCCUGAAUCUUUUAACAAAACAAAGGCGAUGAUUAGUGAUUUAGGUCUCGAUUACAAAAAAAUUCAUGCAUGUCCAAAUGAUUGCAUGUUAUAUUGGAAAGAACAUGAGAAUGAUAACUCUUGCAAUAUUUGUAAGGCUUCACGAUGGAAGGAGUUUCCUCAAGUAGAUAGUGAGUCUACUGAGCAUGCAAAAUAUGAUCAUAAAGUCCCUGCUAAGGUCUUAAGACAUUUUCCAUUGAUUCCACGAUUUCAAAGGAUAUUUAUGUGUUCAAAGACGGCAAAGGAAAUGAGGUGGCAUGAAGAAGAACGCUCGAAGGAUGGAAAAUUAAGGCAUUUCAAUCUAUUGAAAAUUCAGUUGAAGCUGGAACACAAACAUUUCAAUCACUGUUUGGAAAAGAAAAGCCCGGUAGAGUGA